AUGCCUCGUAGUCGGAAGAGUAAGCCCCGUGCCAGCGGGAAACGCCCCCAGGGUGGAGAUGAGACUGAGAGUCUCGGAGUUGAUCAGGCCGCUGCAGCAGCAGCAGCAGAAGAGUCCACUCCCUCCUCUCCUCAGUGUAAAGGCAUUUCUUGCCCUGGAUCUGAUGAAGCUUCCCGCAUCCAAGACAAUAAUGAGGCAGGCGCCUCUGAGGCCCCCCCAUCCAAUGAGAGCUCAGACACAGAUAAUUUAUCCAAGGUGGCUCAGUUUUUGGAGCAUUUCCUUCUGUACAAGUAUAAAAAGAAACAGCCCAUUCUGAAGGAAGACAUGCUGAAGAUUAUUGGCGAAUAUUACAAAGACAAAUUUCCUGACAUCCUCAAGAAAGCCGCUGAGCGCAUUGGAACCAUCUUUGCAUUAGAUGUGAAGGAAGUCGACUCCAGCAACCACUUAUAUGACCUUGUCAGCCAACUGAAACUCCCCAAUAAUGGGAGGGUGAUUGCUGGCAGGGGGUUCCCCAAGACCGGUCUCCUGAUGAAUGUCCUGGGUAUGAUCUUCAUUAAGGGCAACCGUGCCACAGAGGAGGAGAUCUGGGAGCUCCUGAAUCCGAUGCGCAUAUGUCCUGGGAGGAAGCACUGCAUCUACGGGGAGCCCAGGAAGCUCAUCACCAAGGAUUUCGUGAGGCUGCAGUACCUGGAGUACCGCCAGGUGCCCGACAGCGAUCCUCCACGCUACGAGUUCCUGUGGGGCCGAAAAGCUCACGCUGAAUUAAAAAAGAUGAAAAUGCUAGAGUUUUUGGCAAAGAUCAAUGAUACCGUCCCCAGUGCUUUCUCAGGCUAUUAUGAAGAGGCUUU